AUGUCCUUCGCUGCUAACGUCGUCCGUGCUGCCUCACGUCGUGCUCCUCGUACGGCGGCUCAUGUGUCCUCAACGGUCGUAAAGAGCGCAUCUUAUUCUGUCUUUGCGCGCAAUGCCGCUGCAGCGUCAUCGCGGAGAGCAGCUAUCCAGCCUGUGCGCGGCAUGAAGACUCUCAACUUCGCCGGAACGGAGGAGGUUGUCUACGAGCGGAGCGACUGGCCUCUGGUCAAGCUCCAGGACUACUUCAAAAACGACACCCUCGCCCUCAUUGGAUAUGGCUCGCAAGGUCACGGCCAGGGUCUCAACGCCCGCGACAACGGUCUCAACGUGAUUGUCGGUGUCCGUGAGGGAGGGGAGAGCUGGAAGCAGGCCAUUGAGGACGGUUGGGUUCCUGGGCAAACCCUUUUCCCCAUCGAAGAGGCUAUCAAGCGUGGCACAAUCGUCAUGAACCUCCUCUCUGACGCCGCCCAAUCGCAAACCUGGCCCACCAUUGCACCCCUCAUCACCAAGGGCAAGACGCUCUACUUCUCACACGGUUUUUCUGUCGUGUACAAGAAUGAUACUCACGUCAUUCCCCCGACUGACGUCGAUGUCAUUCUCGUCGCGCCCAAGGGUUCCGGGCGUACUGUCCGCACCCUCUUCAAGGAGGGCCGUGGAAUUAACUCCAGUGUCGCCGUGUGGCAGGAUGUGACUGGUAAGGCAAAGGAGAAAGCUGUUGCUCUUGGCGUUGCGGUUGGCUCAGGUUACAUGUACGAGACGACUUUCGAGAAGGAGGUGUACUCGGAUUUGUAUGGUGAGCGUGGUGUGCUCAUGGGUGCCAUUCAAGGACUGUUCCUCGCACAGUACAAGGUACUUCGUGCCAACGGACACACGCCGUCUGAGGCAUUCAACGAGACUGUUGAAGAAGCAACUCAAUCCCUGUACCCACUUAUUGGCCAGCAUGGAAUGGACUACAUGUACAAUGCAUGCUCGACGACUGCUCGUCGCGGUGCCCUUGACUGGGCUAAGGUUUUCGAGGAGACGAACUUGCCCGUGUUUGAGAAGCUAUACCAGAGUGUACGGGAUGGCACAGAAACGCGCCGAAGUCUCGAGUUCAACGGUCGAUCGACGUACCGCCAGGACCUCGCGAAGGAGCUCAAUGAGAUCGACGACCAAGAAAUCUGGAGAGCUGGCGCGCAAGGUUGUGCGAUCUCUCCGACCCGACAACCAGUCGUGAGCCGCAUACGCGUCUUGAUGGGCUGCGGAUGA